UUCGAUUCGAUUUUAGUUUCGAUUUUAAAAAUUUAAAAAUAAAAUUAAAACAACAACUGGACAAACUAUAUAUAUAUAGUGGCCACUCUCCGUGGAUUCGUUGACUGAUUGACCGAAACCCCGAUAUAUMGAKAGAKAGAGAGAGAUGUCUGGUUACGAAUCCAAUGGCAGCAGCGGUAGUAGUGAUGGCCAUCAACAACAACAACAACAACAUCAGCAUAACUAUCAUCAUCGGUGGUGUAGCGGUUGCCGCGGGGACAUUAACAUCGGCGGUAAUAACAGCAACAACAACAGUGGCGGCGGUGGCAGCAGUAGUUGUCACGGAUGUCAGCCCCAGAAGAUCGACAAUUCGGUUAAAGUAUUGGAAAAGAUUGCCGGUCUGUACGCCGAACGACUGCUAAGCGAUAUCGUACUCGAAGUCAAUGGCCGGCCGUAUGCAUCGCAUCGGCUAAUACUGUGCGCGUCCAGUGAUGUCUUUCAGGUGAUGCUAAUGAAUCCGAAUUGGACGGAAAGCCAAGAGCGGACAAUCGUAUUGCAAGAGGCGGCCGAUUGUGCCCGAGUUUUCCCCGAAUUUCUCAAAUAUCUCUACACCGGUAUUAUCAAUAUUAAUCACUCGCUGGUGUUGCCGCUGGUUUCGUUGGCCGACAAAUACAAUGUACGCGAUUUGGUGGCCCUAUGUGUCGAUUAUAUGCGCAAUCAUAUGGUAGCGGCCACCAAACACAAUCGUGUUGUAUCGUGGCUACAGCAUAUACUCGGUAGUGAUGGCCACGACCAAUGUGUACGGGCGUGUGUCAACUUUGUUACCGCCAAUUUCGAACAAGUGGCCAAAACUAGCGAUUUCCAGACAAUGGAAACCGAUGUUCUGAUACUAUUUCUACGUAAAUCGGAUCUGGUUGUUACCGACGAGUAUCGAUUGUUGCAAAUUGUUACCGAAUGGCUUGAGUCGCAAGAGGACAAACUUCGUUUGGUUGGCGACGAAUUUUUCGAUUCAAUGGUACCGAUAGUCAUGUCGUUCAUACGGUUCCCGAUGAUGGAGCCCAGACAGUUGGCCGAGUUGUUAAUCAAUCCGCUGAUGAUACGCUACAAAGAGUUUUUCGUACACAACAUGUCGCUGGCCAUGAAAUAUCAUCACGAAGGCUUGACCGGUGAACUACUCGGCCAAUUGCCGGCCAACUCAUUCACACCGCGACUCUAUACUACCGAAAAGUGGAGUUCUAGUCUAGUUAUUGACAACUAUCGUAAUCUCCCGGUUUACGGCGUCCGGACACUAGUGUUUACGACGCCGUCGGCACUGUCCGAAGUUGAUGCCCGACGUAGUGCCCAAACUGCUACCUAUCAUACGUCAACAUUCAAUGACCAGUGCUGUCCGUACGAGUGGGCCAUCGAAAUCUAUCCGAAAGGUGUCUGGUUUAAGAAGUUUUUGCUGAUCCACUAUAGCGGUUGUCUGGAAAUACCCGAAUCAGUGUCGAAAACCGUUCGGCUGACUGUUCGACAAAGCGAUCGGCUGUCCAGUCGUCGGGUAUCUAUAGGUGUACUGCUCUACGGACGAGUCGAUGGCAUCGAAUACAUUCAUCGGGUCAUCCAGAAGACACACAUAUUUACCGAUAAACAUCGUCUGGUCAACAUUGACGAUAUUGUCGACUUUGGCCAACUUAACGAACAAUUUGUGUCCUCCUCGUCAGCCAAUGGCAGCCCAAUGCCCGAUACCGGUGCUGGCGGUUGUUUCCAAGACACUGGCAAUAGUAGUAAUAGCUAUAGUUUUGGUAGCAAUACUACU